AUGGAUUCAGACAAGACGCCCGAGAACGCCCCCAUGCCUCCCGAGGAGAACCAGAUCAACGAGUCUUACUGGCCAACCCUUCGGAAGAUUCUCGAGGAAGAUCCCUCAGGGAUGGAUCGGCUGAGCCUAGAAUGCAUGAUGUGCAAGUCUCCCAUGUCAACCAAGGAGAACGAGCAUGUCAAGGAUGAAAACGGGGGUGAUCAUAGAGCAAUUAUCCUUCUAUGCGGCCACCUAAUCGGCUUUAGUUGCUUGGCCGACCAUCUCAUGUACCGUAAAACUCAUGGUCUUCCUCCUGGAUGCCCCCUCAACACGUGCAAGCCGUCAUUCCACCCAGUGUGCGGAUGCUUUUUUAUGGGCUGGCCAUUUCCCGAGAAGGCGGAAGACGUUGGCGUCUGCAAGCGCACUGCCUCCGAGGGUCUGAAACUGAAGCCCAAAUGCUACACGUGCACAUCCGAUGAUGUGCUGCAGAGCUUGACGCUCCUCACCGGCGCACUCGAAGGGAAGAUGCUUGAGGAUCUGGAAUCGUUCAAGCUCGCCUAUCGGAUCCAGAUCAAAAACAAGAUCUAUGGGGCUUUUGAUGGAGAUGAGCGUGAAAAGUCUAGCCUGGCCACUCUCUACUACUGCCCUAGCCCGUCUAUAGGAGAGGGAGACUUCAAGGUUCGCCUUUUCGAGUACAGCGGUCCUAUCGAAAUGAUUGCGGUGGACUAA